AUGUUGGACAUUGACUCAAAGAAAUGGCAGGAAGACAUGAAAUCUGAGAUGGAUUUUAUGUAUGCCAACCAAGUCUGGAUUCUGGUUGACCUUCCCAAAGGUAUUGUACCAAUAAGAAACAAAUGGGUCUUCAAGAGGAAAAAAGGCUCAGAUGGCAAGGUGGAGACCUAUAAAGCGAGAUUAGUAGGUAAAGGCUAUAGACAAAAGGAGGGAAUUGACUAUGAAGUAACUUUCUCUCAUGUAGCAAUGAUAAAAUCCAUACGCAUACUUCUCGUCAUAGCAGCACAUUAUGACUAUGAGAUAUGGCAGAUGGAUGUGAAAAUGGCUUUUCUAAAUGGCCACCUUCAAGAAGAAAUCUACAUGGAUCAACCUGAAGGAUUCAUAUCUAAACAUGAAGAGAAGAAAUUAUGCAAACUUCAAAGGUCAAUCUAUGGACUGAAGCAGGCUUCAAGGAGUUGGAACAUUCGUUUUGAUGAUGUCGUUAAAGGUUAUGGUUUUAGCCAAAAUGAAGAUGAACCUUGUGUGUACAAGAAAAAUAGUGGGAGCGCAGUCAUAUUCCUCAUACUAUAUGUAGAUGACAUAUUAAUGUUUGGAAACGACAUAGGCAUGUUGACCUCUAUGAAACUAUGGUUAUCAAAGACCUUCUCAAUGAAGGAUAUGGGAAAUGCAUCUUACAUACUGGGUAUCAAGAUCUAUAGGGAUAGAUCGAGAAAACUAAUUGGAUUAUCUCAAUCCCUAUAUGUGGACAAUGUGCUCAGAAGAUUACAAAUGGAACAUUUCAAAAAAGGUUUUCUACCAAUCAAACGUGGUAUUCAACUAUCUAAGAGCAUGAGCACUAAAACCCCAGAAGCAGUGAUACAGAUGAGAAGGAUCCUAUAUGCCUCCUCAAUUAAGAGCCUAAUGUAUGCCAUGUUGUGUACGAUGCCUGAUAUCAGCUAUGCUUUGGAGAUGUUGCAAGAAAAGCACUAUGCGGACUCCACAACUGCGCCAGAGUACAUAGCUGCUUCGGAAGCAGCAAAGGAAGUGAUCUGGAUGAAAAAGUUCAUUAAUGAACUUGGAGUGGUUCCAAGCAUUGAGUCACCAGUCAUUUUAUACUGUGACAAAAAUGAGGCUAUAACACAAGCCAAGCAACCAGGGUCUCAUCAAAGAUCUAAGCACCUUCAGAGGCGCUAUCACUUAAUUAGGGAAUAUGUUGCUGAUAGAGAUAUUAGGAUAUUAGCGUGCACAAGGUGGCUUCAGCAGACAACGUAA